AUGGAUGACAGAGAUGACGAUAGGGUAUCAAGUUCGCUCCCAGAAACAUUACACGCACAUAUAAUCCGUCCCAACGAUCAAUAUGGACGUUCCAAUGAGGCGUCAUGGAGUGCCCAAGAUAGACAUCUCGUCCAGCAGGCUUCCCACCUCACUUCCCAAUCUAUAUCGUCGUUGACUCCCGCGACCUUUCCAAACAGCCAUGGUUCACGAGGGGAGUCGUCACAAGACAGAUUAGUCUCACCAGAUGUAGAAGAGAGUGGAUAUAGUUCCCAACGCAUUCAAAACACCUCAGCUAGCCGGAGGGGAAGUGCGGCCGCUGGCCUUGCGCACCCCCCUAGGGCUUUCUUAAUCCCCCAUGGUAAUCGAACUCCAGGCAGCGAGCCACCCUUUUACCAUCAAGUUCCAAUUCAUUCUUAUACGUACCCCCCACCCCUUCCAAGUCAAUAUCAUGUACCGUCACCGAGCGCAUUUCAAGGCAGGGCGGGUCUUUCGUCGUCGUCUCACACGGCCUGCAGGCCGGGAGGUGGCAGUCGUGCGCCAGAAGAGAAUCGAAAUGGAGAUGACGGCGACGACAGUGAGCAGACGCACGAAAUUACGCCCCUCGAUCCUGUACAGGAGAUCCAUUUAGACAGAUAUUUGACUUCACAGCCAAGACCAGUGCCUUUUCCGCCCUUCAUUCCAAGGGGUAGUCGUGAAAAUAGCACCUACCUGUACAAUGCACCUCACUCAUAUGAUGAUUCUGGUCACCUACAACCGUCUUCGCAUCACCUCGAGUCAAAUAUCAUACGACAUCACUCACUUCCCCCUCAGCGACGGGAAGAGCGUAGCCGUCCUGGGUCCUCUAGCAACCGACAUGCACCAGGAACGUUGCUAGAUGGUCGCCCAAUUCAGAGGGCAUCCUCGUAUUCUCUCCCUCCAAUUACAACUUUUAUGCGGCCGCUGAGGGAAGAGUACUCCGACAGAGGGCCGCAAACGUCCUCACACGGUCUACUUGACCAGACACGGGAAGAUUUGCCUGCAGAAGUAUCAGUGGAGGACAGAGAGUCCAGUAGCGAAAGACCGACGUAUAGGCGAGGGAAAAGAAAGCGAUCAGAUACUCAGGAUGAAAGGAAGACCAAAGUUGCGCGAAAAAUCUACGUUGCGUGUGAUUUUUGUCGAGGGCGGAAGCUUCGAUGUGACGGGACCAAACCUUCCUGCGCGAAUUGCUCCACCCGGACAUUGGAAUGUAUAUAUAAGGAUCACCCUAGACGUCGUGGCCCUGGAAAAGCACCAAAAGGUUCGCGGACCAAGAAAUCAGAAGGGAAAGGUCGAAAGGGGAGGAAAAGUUCUAAAACAGCCACAAGUGAAAUUGAUAGGGAAGGAUCUGAACAGCCUUCAGCUGCAGGACUCCCAGAUCGGCAUGUAUUUGAGCCACCGAUGAUGUUACCAGGUCACGGUCACCCUCACUUGUCCAGACUGGUAGCUGUUUAUGCGCUACCGCCCUACACUGAUCGUCCAAGCGCUUCGAACAUGCAUCGCGAAGAACCGGAACCGAUCCCACACUGUCACUUCAGGAGCGAUGUGUUCGAUCAAGGACCAGUAGAGGGCAUGCAGCCACUCUGGAGACGAGACGAAGAAGACAGCCGGUCAGCGGAGUCUGGACAUCCAUUGCCUCCUGGGUCGCGGAAGGGUGAUACAGACGAGGAGCUGACUAAUUAA